UUAGCAAAGGGAGGCUAGCUAAAGAACCUUAACGAAACGGUACAAAAAUUAACGUUUUGUAAACCUUUUAAAAACAACUUGAGCUAUCGACAGCUCCAAGUAUUAAUGAAAAUCUCAAAUUUAUCUGUGUUUGGCCAACGAAUGCUUCCCAAACACAAGGAAUUCAAAAGAACGGGCUAAAUCGGCACCGAUAACAACCAGACUGCUUGCAAGCUAGGCUGCUUUGUGCUGCUGCACGCACAGCUGUGGUGUGUUUACAUCGGCCUCAUUUGACUCCACAACCCGAGGCCGAUCAACAGACCGAAUCACACACUGUUCUAUCUACUGAAGGUGAACGCCCUCCAGAGCAAGUACGCUAAGACAAAGAUGGGGGUCAAAACCUUUACCCACAGUUCCCCCGCGCACAGUCAAGAGAUGCUGGAAAAGCUAAACGCCCUGCGCAACGAGGGCCACCUCUGCGACGUCACCAUCCGGGUCCAGGACAAGUUGUUUCUGGCGCACAAGGUGGUGCUGGCCUGCUGCAGCGAGUUCUUCCGCUCCAAACUAGUGGGCAGGCCUGAGGAGGAGGACAAGUUUGUGUUGGACUUGCACCACGUCACGGUGAGCGGCUUCACCCCCCUGCUGGAGUACGCCUACACCUCCACCCUCUCCAUCAACACAGAGAACAUCAUCGACGUUUUAGCCGCCGCCAGUUACAUGCAGAUGUUUGCCGUGGCGAGCACGUGCUCGGAAUUCAUGAAGUCCAGCAUCCUCUGGAGCGCCGGGAACAUGGGGCAGGAGAAACCGCAGGAGUCGGCUCUUGGCGAGAGCACUUCCUCCCACUGCGCUUUGACCCCGUUGGACAGCAGCCUGUCGCCUGUAUCGUCUGACUGCAGCGUGAUGGAGAGGAACAUCCCUGUGUGUCGCGAGUCACGCCGCAAACGUAAGAGCUUUAUCAUGAUGUCGCCAGAGAGCCCACUCAAAUGCACCUCACAGAUCACCUCGCCGCAGAUGCCCAACCCAUCGCCCUCUUCCUUCUCGGAGAGCGCCACCCAGCCUGUGGACUCUUCCCUGGCUUUCCCGUGGACCUUUCCCUUCGGUAUCGACCGUAGGUUCCACCAGGAUAAGCAGCCCAAGCUUCCCGAGAGCCCACGUCGUCUGGAACAGGCAGGGCCCUCGGACGUGAGCCGCCGGCUGAGUGAUUUCCUCACCUGUGAAAGCUCCAUUAAGGCACCGUUGUCGCUGGCCGGCACCGAGGAGAACGUGCGUGUGAAGGUGGAGAGGCUAAGUGACGAGGAGGUCCAGGACACGUCGUCGCAGCCCGUCAGUGCAUCCCAGAGUUCCCUGAGCGACCAGCAGACAGUGCCCUGCAGCGAACAGGUCCAGGAGGACCUCCUCAUCAGCCCGCAGUCCUCCUCCAUAGGUUCGUUAGAUGAGGGAGUCACAGAAGGGUUGCCUUCAAUGCAAAGUACAUCCAAUGCUGGAGGUCAUGCUGAGGAUGAUGAAAGAUUAGAAAGCCUCCAGUACCCUUACCACUUAUACAUAAGCCCUUCAACCCGCCCUGGCACUAACGGGCCUGACAGACCUUUCCAGUGCCCCACGUGUGGCGUCCGAUUCACCCGCAUACAGAACUUAAAGCAACAUAUGCUCAUCCACUCUGGCAUUAAGCCCUUCCAGUGUGAUCGCUGUGGGAAAAAGUUCACACGGGCCUACUCCCUAAAGAUGCACCGGCUGAAGCACGAAGGUAAACGCUGUUUCCGGUGCCAGAUUUGUAGUGCCACAUUCACGUCCUUCGGCGAAUAUAAGCACCACAUGAGGGUCUCCCGCCACAUAAUCCGCAAGCCCCGGAUUUACGAGUGCAAAACGUGCGGCGCCAUGUUUACCAACUCUGGCAAUUUAAUUGUACACCUGCGGAGUCUGAACCAUGAGGCAUCUGAACUAGCAAACUACUUCCAGAGCAGUGAUUUCCUCAUGCCCGACUACCUGAGCCAAGUGCAGGAGGAGGAGACUCUCGGGCAGUACGAGCUGGUGGAGCACGGCUUCGAAGGCAACAACUCGUCUGUCCAGAUGCCGGUCAUCUCCCAGGUCUCCUCCACCCAGAAUUGCGAAAGCAGCACCUUCCCCCUGGACCCUUUAUCCCUGAAGGACGAAAACGUGUCAGAGGAGCCAAAGACAAACGGCAGUAGCAGCUCCCCGGACGGCUCGGAGGAGGAGAACGCCCACAUCAAAGAACUGGCUUCUAUUACGAUUGAGUGACCGUCACCUCCUAAUUGUUCCCCCUUCCAAUCCAAAGCCCUGACUUUGGAAAGUGCCUGAGAUUGCCCUUCUUUAACGAGCAUCACUAGAAUUAGAGGUCUUAACUUUGCUAACAGUGACAAGUAGUUUCUUUCCUUACUUAUUGGAUUAUUGUUUUUGCAUAAUGAUAGUUCAUAUGAUAGACGCUGUGUUACUUCUUGAGUGCCGUCGCUUCGGGCAAACUGUUAGUGUUACAAAAUAUUAUUUGAUAAUCAAAUACUACGUUGGAUUUUGUCGUGGUUUAUGUGAGAGGUGUGUAUUUAUUCCUUUGUGAAUAGGAACACAGUACAUUUUAAACCUUUUUUUCCUUCUUUUUUUUAAAAACUUGAAAUUGCAUUGCAGAGCUCUCAUUGUCUCUCACUUUCGUUAUGCGCAAUAUGAAUGAACUGUAGCUUCUACACUUCACUUGUAUUGGGUGUUGUUCAUAAUUUAGGUAUCUACUGGUGGCUUAGACUCUUAAAGGCCGGGUCACAAAGGCAUGGCAGCAUUUUAUUUCAUAUGUGAAGUCAGUCGUUAAAUCAUCAAGAGAGACGCACUGCAGCGGCUGCGCUUUCCGAUAUCUGGAACAGCUAGGCUAAGUUCAAAUGUGUAGUUAAUUUGUCAGACCUAUUUCAUUAGAAAUACUUGUCCCUAACAGUUUGUGUAUGAUGGAAGUCUCUAUACAGACGUAUUUGUAAUAUGUCAGCUGUGUGACAAAAAACGAGUGUUACUAUAACUACAAUGGUUAAAUGGUUGUUGUUUUUUAUGUCACCACAGUGACGUAGAAGUAAUAUGUCACCGUAAGUGACAUAUAACUACUAUGCUUCAAUGUCACUAUUUUGACAUAUUAUAAUGAGACCAUGUUGCAUUUGGUGGAGCAUGUGUUGGUAGGAAUAUUCCUACCUAAAUUUACACAGACUGUUUACUUUGGACAUGACAUUUCAGAAGCUAGUGUCUUGAAUGUGGGUGACAUUCUUUGGACUAACGGUCUACUAAUCAAGUGGUCAGCACAUUAGAAUUUGUAGCUGGGUGCCUUGCUUUUACUGUGAGUUGAGUUUUGUAAUUAAGUGUAUAUGGAGCCAGGAGAGGUCUUCAAUGACAUGGCCAACAUGACAUUGCUUUGUAUCAUUAAGUGUGAUCGAUAGAUAUUUUCAUCUUCAUAAUGUUUUAGGUUCACCUUGAGAUUUUCGGGUACAGGUUAAUUUUCUUUGUCAUUGCUUUUCAACAGAAAUCUUGCCCUAGCUUGGACACCUGUUACAUUGAGCCAUCACUAGUCAGUUGCACAUCAACAUGCCUUUAUAAUAAGGUGGGGAUACUCCAUUGAUUAAAUGCUACUGAUAUUUAUUUUUUCAUUAAGUGUUUCAUGCCAUUUAAGUGUAGUCCUUAUCAAUUCACUCAAUCUUGGUAGUCCUGCAAAAAAACUAAAAAUGACUUUUGCGUGCCAAAGAAAUGCUAAAUAGAUUAGAAACUGCGAUGGUAAAAUUUGUUGGUAUUGAAUUCUUGACAUCUCAACCAGGAAUUUGAGAUUGGAGUUUUAAAAAUAUUAUCAGGAAAAUAUGAAUUUGAUUACAUUUCAAAUGAUGAAUCAGUUGUUGUUGUUUUUUUUACCUCUUUUUUUUCUUCAUUUUAGCAGACACUCUUAUCCAGAGCGACUUACAGUAGUGAGUGCAUAUCUUGGGUUCAGAGAAGUAACAUCAUAGUGUGUUUUACAAUCAUAGAAUGGGUGCUCAGAGAUUUGUUUUAUGAUUGUCUCGUGCCAUCCAAUCAACCGUUCCUAAAAGAUGUGGCAUUUAGCUUAACUACCCUAUGUCUGGGUAACAAUCAAGCUCUCCUAUUGGACCAAAUGUUCCCAAUCCCUUUGGGGUUGGCGUAUCUACCAUUUUAAUUUAUCGUUGCUGUUGACAUCAUAAAGUAAUGAGGUAAUCAUGCUUGGUUUCCCCAUGCUAUUGAAAUAUUGUGCACGGGAAAUGUCAUUUUCGCUCCGAUAGACACUGUAUCGUACUGUGCGUUGGAGAAACUAUAGCCUUAUAUAGGACCUUGCAUAGAUUCAAGCUGCACAAUUUAAAAUCUUUAGAGACAUUUAAUUUUUUCUUACGUUUGAGCAUUUGAACGCUUAAGUAAGCUUGUGUUUUGCGUGUGUUUGUUUCUGUUUGUAUUCAUAUACCUUUUUCAUAAAGAAAUGCUGCUGUUUGUUGAAACUUAAAGUGCCCAAAUAUUUUUGGUGAACCUAUUGUGUGCAAUAAAUGGACAAGCUGUUGGGUUCUAAGUUUAUAUUUUAUGUCUGAAUAAUGAAAGAAAAGAAUGUACUGUUUUCGUAUUGUUGUGUACUUACAAUGUGACAAAUUAACUGAAGAAAAAUAAGCGAGAAUCCACUAAAUCUGUGAAAUCAUGAACAAAGCUUAAUUGUUUUUUUUUAUUAGUAAAAAAAAAAAGUGACUCCUAGGAUUGUGGAAUGCACGUUCAUUUGAAAGUCCUGUGAAUCUGAGAGCAUGAGCUUUCUUCUGUUUGCUGUUCAAUAAGGCCUUGUUGAGGUGAGAGGUGUUAGACCUCAGCACGUAUCAGCUUUUUGUUCUUGAUUCUUCUCCAACUAAAGUUUUUACAGAUAUUAGCAUGUCUUUCCUUUGUUCCCCAGAUGUAGCUUCUCUUAUGUGCAAUGUUUAAAAAAUGUAUUGAUUAUAUAUGCCUUUUCAAUGUGUACAUGAUAUAUACAUUUCCUGGUUCAUAUUGUUUGUUGAAAAUAUGAAAAAAUGGUAGCUCUUAGUUAUACAUUAUAUAUUUUUGUGACUUUUGUAUUACGAUUGCUGUUUUAUGAGUAUACCAUCUUUUGGAUAUUCUUGUUAAAUGUGAAUACAACAAAAUGGUUAAGGAAUGUGGGCGUUUUACUGUUCACUUUGUGACUGUCUGCAAACAAACAUAUAUAUAUAUUGUAUAUUCUUUAUACUGUAGAUUCAUUUCCAACUUAGUUUGGAUGAUUGAAAGGUGUUGUAUUUUCUGACUUUGAUAUUUAAUCUAUAGUUUCAUUUAAUGGUUUUAAACAUCCCCGUAAUGCAAUUCGCACAUGGUGCAAGAGCAAAAAUGUUUGUGGUUUCAUAAGCAAGUAUUUACUUAGACAGUGUUGAAUAUUAAACUUUUCCAGAUCAUUUCCAAGAUUAACUGUUCUAAACUGAUGAAACCACUUUGUACUGCUAUACAGUUAAUGGAUGUUCCCAAUUCUGAUCUGUGUUUUUUCCUUAUUUGCAAUUAUAUUGUGAAGAGGGGUGUUUUUGUACAGUACAAAAAACAACUAAAAUGUAAAUAAAAACUUGCAUCGACUCCCA